AUGGCGACACCAUCUGACAUGUAUGCAACUGGGCUUUUGACGAUUGGCCCAGCACUCUGGUCAUCGGAUUACAUUCAGAUACACAGCGUAUGUUUGCUCGAUCAGAAGGCAAAAUGUUGGUGUGAACGUUGUGCUUGGGCAGGCCAGAAAAUACGCCCCUUUGCGCCUCUGAUGCCUUUUCGCAGCUCCCUAGUCGGCUAUGCUGUGCCGGGACGGCUGGCCGCACUGUCUCAAGCUCAACGACCUCUGAUGUGUCAGGUGACAGUAACUCCAUUUCUCGACCACUGGUACCUAGAGUAUCGGACAAAGAACGUUUCCCGACACGAUGGACGGUCUUGGCGGUGGGUAUGCGAAUCCACCUCAGAAUCCACCUCAGAAUCCACCUCAGACCCGCAAAAGAAGGCCUGUAGAAGGGCCCAAGAAGAACCGGCGCUGUGGAACAUGUUUGCCACAAACGAGAGAAAGAAGAGACGCGUGGAGUUUAUCGAGUUCUUGGCGGAAGAUGCUUGA